AUGGAUAACUGUAAUAUUUUGAGUUGGAAUGUUAGAGGGCUUAAUGGUUCUAAUAAACAUAGCCCUGUUAGUGACCUUUGUAGUAGUAAUAAAAUAGGAGUUGGUGGUAUUUUAGAGACUAAAAUGAAGGGAAACAAAAUAAGUAGGUUAAUGGAACUUCAGUUUCUGAAUUGGGAUUUUCACACAAGUUCAGUUAUUGAAGGCCGACUGUUGAUAGUUUGGAGAAAGUUAUUUGUUAAAGUCAAUAUUAUAGAGGAAUCUAAUCAAUUUGUUCAUUGUUUGGUGAAGAUGGCUGGUGUGCAGCAGGCUUUUGGUGUUACUUUUGUCUAUGGUUUUAAUUCGAUUGAAGGUAGGAGAAGUCUUUGGGAAGGGUUGCAAAGGCCUACUCUUAUGGACAAAGCAUGGUUAAUUUUAGGGGACUUUAAUGCCCCAUUUUCAGGCAAAGACCGAUCGGGAGGUAAGCCUAUUUCAGACUUAGAAUUGGUUGAUUCCAUUAGGUGGCUUGCGGGUGCUCAUGUUGAGCCUUUAAAAAGUUCCACUGCAAUGUUUAGAUGGGAAGCCAUUUCAGAUCACUGUUACUGUCUUGUUUUAAAUAGCUGGAGGUCACCGCUUAGAGCCACUGGUAUCAAAGCCAUAUUUCUCAAGUUGCUGAGACUCAAACACUGUUUGAAAACCUUUAACAAGGACAUAAUUGGUGAUUUGAAGGCUAACUAUUAUAAGGCUAAAGAGACAUACCAAGAAGCUCAAUUGCAAGCUCAAGCUUACCCUCAUGUUUUUAGUUAUCAGGAAGUUGAGAGGAUAGCAGCUGAAGCCUUCUCGGUUCAGGAAAGGCUUUAUCAUAGUUUUUUAAUCCAGAGGAGCAAGAUAACAUGGCUGAGACAGGGGGAUAUGAACACUUCCUUCUUUUAUGCUUUUUUAAAGAAGCGUAAAGUGGAAAAAGGUAGUCCUAGCUCGGCUACAGGCAGAUUAAAGGUCCAGAAUGUUGAGAUGGGUCCUAAGAUUUUUGUAGAGCAGCAAGUGAAGCUUCUGAAACCUUUUUCAAAGAAGGAGAUUCGGGAGUCUUUGUUUGGCAUUCUUAUUACCAAAUCUCCAGGACCUGAUGGAUUUGGUUCAGGCUUUUUUAAAGCUGUUUGGCAUGAUAUAGGGGAUGAGGUCUGUGCUGUAAUAACUCAGUGUUUUGAAACAGGUCAUUUCCCAUCUGAGCUUCAUGAAACAACCUUAUCUCUGAUUCCUAAGGUAGCUAACCCCUCACGGGCUGUUGACUAUAGACCCAUAGCCUACUUCUCUACAUUGUACAAGUGUAUGGCUAAAUUGAUUUGUAAGAGACUGGCUGUUGUUCUCCUUGAUCUUGUACAGCCAAAUCAGGGAGCGUUUGUUAAAGGUCGCUCUAUAGCCCAUAAUAUAAUGAUUUUUCAAGAUCUCAUAAAAAACUAUGGGAGGACUUCUACUUCAUCGAGAUGUGCCAUCAAGAUUGAUCUAAGUAAGGCCUAUGACACAGUAGAUUGGGAGUUUCUUGAGGACCUGUUAAAAGCUCUAAACUUUCCUAUGAAAUUCAUAGGUUGGGUUAUGUCAUGUGUUCAGAAUACUUCCUAUUCACUACUGAUGAAUGGAAGAAUUCAAGGCAAAUUUAAGGGAGAAAAAGGGCUGAGACAAGGUGAUCCCAUGUCACCUCUGUUGUUUGUCCUUAUAAUGGAAUAUUUGACAAGAAGUUUACAACUAGCAGCGCUUAAAUCCUCCUUUAGAUAUCUCCCUAUGUGUAAAAGUCUCAAGCUUAUUAAUCUGUGCUUUGUAGAUCAUUUGCUUUUAUUCUGUAAGGGUUCUCUCUCAGCUGUUAGAAGUGUCAAGGAGGUUCUUGAUGAAUUUGCUUCUGCUACAGGGCUUUCAAUCAACUCUGGUAAAUCUCAUAUAUUUUUUGGUGGAGUCACAAGCAAUGACAGAACUCGGAUUGCCCAUGAAAUUAAUCUGACUGAAGGUACUUUUCCUCUUAUGUACCUUGGGGUUCCCAUGAGGCCUACCAAAUGGAGACAUGAAGAUUGUGAGACCAUAAUCAAGGAAAUCAAAAAGCUCUGUAGGGGUUUUCUGUGGGGCACAUCUGGGCAGAGAAGCAAGAUUCACAUCCCCUCUUGGCAGAAGGUUUGCCUCCCCAAAGCCUAUGGUGGAUUGGGAUUCAAAGACAGAGCUAGUUGGAAUCGAGCAGUCUUAGAAAAGUAUGUAUGGGCUAUAUCUGCUAAACCAGAUUUGUUAUGGGUUAAAUGGAUCAAUUCCAUUUAUCUGAAAAGAGUCAAUAUCUGGAAUUAUGAACUGAAAGCAUAUUGUAGCUGGUAUUGGAGGAAGCUCUGUCAUCUCAAAGAUCGUUUUAACCAUGCUGCUAUUCUCUCUGCUGGUGCGCAAGGGAAGUUUCAGUCUUCAAGAUUGUAUAACAGCCUUUUAGUCCAGCAAAGGGUUGAUUAUUAUAGGACUUUUUGGAGUAAACUAAUCCUUCCUAAACACAGAUUUAUGCUUUGGAAGGUGGUAAACUCUCAGCUUUUAACAAGGGACAGUCUCAGUAGGCUGCAUGUUCAUAUGACAACAUUGAUCUGUCUGGUUUGUGAGAGAUAUCCUGAGAGUCAUUCUCAUCUAUUUUUUGACUGCAUUCUCUCUAAACUAUUGGUUAAAAGGAUCUUUGAAUGGCUGGGGUUCGUUGCUUGGCCUUUUGAUUUUAAUAGCUGGAUGGUGUGGCUGGCUAGAACUCGGAGUGGAGUAUCAGCUGCUAUUGUGAAUAUGGUUUUUGUUGCUGUCAUAUACAGCAUUUGGAGAAAUAGGAAUAGGUGUUUUCAUGAUGGUUAUUCUUUAACUGUUGUGAAUCUAGUACAGGAAGUAAAAUACACAACUAAAUAUAGGCUUUACAUUGUGUCCAAUAGUCAGCUGUCUGUUAAAGACCAAGUGUAUAUACGACAUCUUCAAUGUAAUUAG